AUGGGAGAGAGCAUGAAAACCACCGACUGGAAAUCCGACCCAAAUACUCUUCGGAGGGAGGCACCGUCUCUCCUUCAACUGGCCAAAGACUCCCCCGACACCCUCAUAGUCACGCCUUCCAACCCAUUUUAUACAUCCAUUCGCCAAGAGUACAACGAGUACAACCGUCAGACUGAGCCACUCGCCAUUGUCUUGCCAAAGAGCAUUGAUCAGCUACGACAGGCAGUAGUCUACUGUUCUGGCCAUAAACCCCCGAUUCCUAUGACGAUUCGAGGCGGUGGACAUGACCCCUACGGACGCACCGUUGUGUCGACCGCUGCUCAGUGUGACCUAAGAUUUCUCAAAUGGAUCAAGAUCCUCGAGAGCAACCCUUCCUCAACCGCAACAGACAAAGUUGUCGCGCUUGGACCGGGUAUUACUGCCAUAGAGCUGCAUCGAGCGCUCGAUGGCGCCGGGCUCAGCGCAGCGACGGGCUGGGUAGGCAGUGUUGGCAUGGUAGGAUGGUCUUGCGGUGGUGGGUACGGCCUAUCCUCUGGUGCAUGGGGGAUGGGCGUGGACAACAUCCUAGGUGCAAAGGUAAUGCAAGCGGACGGUCGUAUCAUCGACACCCGAGAUGAUCCGGAGCUGUUGUGGGCAAUGCGUGGCGCUGGACUGGGAAACUUUGGCAUCGUGGUUGAACUGCGAGUCAGAGCUCGUCCCAAACCUCGGUACAUUGCUGGAAUUCUGGUCUUUUCUCUGCAGCAUGCUGUCCAAGUGCUCUCGGGCUUUCAGACCCUCGUGAACGAAGGAGUACCGACUAGCUUUGGCGGAGAGAUGACCAUCAACACGACCGACGAACUCGGCCCAGCCAUCAACAUCUUUUUCACUUGGAUAUGCGACAGCCACUCGGAUACUCACGCAGCUGAGGGGACAAAAUUCAAGGAAAAGCUCCUGCAGAGGCUUCAAGUGGCCCCCUUGGUGGACACAGUUGGCGACACAUCAAUCCUUGCUUUUCACGAGACACUAAGUCAAGGCAUUGAAGAGUCCCAGCAUGGCUACUGGGAUAUGGCAUCUCUGACACUGGCCCAUCUCACUCCAGAGGUGAUUGGGAUCAUCAUGCGGAAUCCAGCGCCCACUGGCGGCGCAUCGGCCAUACUCGUGCACCACGUCCACGGUCGCGCCGUACAGCCUGAUGGCACGGCUUCCUGGAGUCAUCGCCGCCAGCACUACGUUGUUUCGCCAUGCGCCAUUGCACCACUGGACGCAUCUCCACGACAGAAGCAGGUCACAAGGGAAUGGACGCGAGUUAUUUAUAGUGAGAUAUUGCAAACCGGUCAGGCUUUGCCAAAGGGCUACUGGAGCAUGUCGCGGCCAGCGGACUGCGACGCAACCCGUUUCUAUGGCGCCGACACGGUCAGGAGGUUGACCAAGUUGAAAAGGAAACUGGAUCCGUCAAACGCAUUUCCGUUUGGCUUACCUCGUUUCAAUACACAGGAGUCGCGGGAUGAGAUGGCUUAUUUAUAA